CAUGAGGUGAAGGACAAACUCCAUAGGACUGUCGUCGAAAUUAAACAGGCUAGACAACAUGAAUCUUGUCGGAAAGAAAGUUUUGCAGAGACAUGGACUGACAUUUUGCCGCUUUAUUGCAGCUCGGUAUUCAACACAACCAGGUACAAAGGAGCACAUAGAAAGUCUCGUAAAGGAAAAGCCGGUUUUUGUGUUCAUGAAAGGUACUCCGGAUCAACCGAGAUGUGGAUUUAGUAACGCUGUUGUGCAGAUAUUGAAGUUUCAUGGUGUUGAAAAGUUCGACUCCUACAAUGUACUUGAAAACGAAGAUGUUCGGCAAGGGGUAAAAGACUAUACAAACUGGCCAACAAUUCCUCAAGUAUUCAUUGGUGGAGAAUUUGUUGGUGGCUGCGACAUCAUGUUGGAGAUGCACAAGAAUGGUGAACUUAUAGAGGAACUUAAGAAGGCUGGCAUCAGAUCUGCACUGCUAGACGAGCCACAAAAACAAGUGUGACAUGACUUUAAGUGAAGCAGCUUUAUACUUCAUGUCACAUGCAAUACAUUUGCUGUUCUAGAUUAGCAGUGUAUGAAUUUUGAAUGAAUGUCAGGUUCUUGUUUGUGUUUCUUGUCAUAGUGCAAAAUUAAAAUCUGCUAUUGCUGAUUUUUGUUUUGCCUUAAAAUUUGUGGCAAUCCAUAGAAAAUGCAUCAGUAUAUGCAGAUAAACCUUUUUAUUUUUCUCUUUUUUUUUCUUUUUAGCUGCUUGCUCAUUGCUAGGGUUUUCAAUAUUUAAUGCACAUUCACAAUAAAUAAGUUUUACAUUUAA